UGUCUGCAGCCCGUCGGUGUUGGCUUUGUGAGGGACGACGCGGAGAUGUUUGGGCGGACAAGACAGCCUCGGUAACCUUACAACUACCUGCUCCUGCAUUCAUACAGCUCCACAGAAACGCAUGAAACGAGUGCAUUUGAGAAGCCAAAGAGGCAGGGAGCCAUGCAGAGUCCGACCCAGUCCACCAGCGGACCAAACCCUGUGACCACCGCCAACACAGUACAACCACUGGACACCGAGACUGAAGCUCAGCUAGCACUGAGUGAACCCGAUGCAAAGGUAGAGGAGAACAAAUCAGCUGCUCCUGCUGGGACUGGACCAGUAGUCAAGCCACAGGGAAAUGGGACACCGGUGCAAACAGCUGAAGCACCAAGUAUGGCGGUCACACAUGUCGUGGAGAAUGAGCCGCCGACAGAGCCCUCGGUUAACACCGCAUGGAUGGAGACAGACUCUGCUUCAAAGCUAAGUGACACAAAUGCAAAUCCUGGGGGCGAUGGGCAAAAGGCGAAGAAACCGAAUAAAGGUGCACGUGAUGGUCGGAAAUACGUUCCUUCCAAGAAGGCCAUGGUAGAUCCUCUAAAGAUGGACAUGUCCAAACCACUGGUUACACCUCUCACAUCAUCUCAGCUCUCCCUGCAGUGCAUCAAGUGCCACAUAAUCUUCAGCGAUCACAAGAGCAAAGUGCGUCACCUGAAGUUGAGCCACCCAGCAGAGUAUGAACAGUGCGUACUGGGGAACGCCAAUUUUGCCUGUUACGUUUGUGACCGCCAGUUCACAAACUCCUCAGAGCUCAUGGUCCACCAGAAAGCCCACACAGAGAAGAAACCCUUCAAGUGUCCAAUCUGUAGCCAUGCCUUCAAAAAGUCAUCAGAGCUCACCCGUCAUAAAAAAAUUCAUUUUGGCCAGGACGGUUAUGCCUGCACUGACUGUGGCAAACCUUGCAAAACGAUGACUUUGCUGAAGUAUCACCGCCGCACGCACACUGGAGAGAGGCCGUAUGUUUGCAAAGAGUGUGGAAAGAGGUUCCCCAUGUCCAAAGCUCUGCAGAAACAUAUGGCCUCACACUUGCCAGAGGGAGCUGAAGGAGAUGGGGUCGACAUUAAAGCGAAGGCAAAGCGGAAGAAAGAUGAUGGUGCUUCUACAAUAAAGUAUCCUUGUUCUGUAUGCAAGGCCACUUUCAAGAGUACCAAGACACGGCUACAUCACAUGAAAACUAAGCACACUGUGUUGCCUGCUGCAGCCAGUAAGGCCCUCUACGCUGGGCAGCAAAUGAACCAAAAUAUACCCAUCAUAACUCCAAUAUCUAUUUACCAACCAGCACUACUACAGGUGGGGCCCAAUGGACCUCUACAAAAAGUUGAUGCCAAUAUUGACACAGAGCAGAUUCGAAGACUUAUUGAAUCCAUGGGAAAUGUGCAGAAAGUAAAUCAAGUUGUCAUAUUGGGGCAGGUGCCACCUAAUGCCCCACCACUGGAAGUGCAGCAGAUGUCACAACUGAAUUUUAAUCCCCACCCACCACAGAUAGAUUGUAUUGGACUGAAACAAACAGAAUCUAAAAUAGUUGAAUUGGACCCUUCAUACAACCCAAUUUAUCCAAUGGAGCAAACAAUUAUACUGGAACCUAUUACGCCAGAUGGGCAGAUGGAAAACCCAUCUUUCUCAGAACUAGGUUCCUACAUGGCAGUCGGUGAAAAUAUAGAGCUAACACUCGUUCAGACUGAAGAUACAGAGAGACCCGCGGGAGAGGUGAUUCAUCAGAUGCUUCAACAGCCCGAUAUUGGUGCAAUUCAGUCUGAUCCUGUGAAUCAAAUUAUUUGUCAGAAUGAGGUAGAUCAAAAUCUUGAGCAAACAGUCAUAUUAGAACUUGUACCAACUGUGGAUCUGGAACAAUCCCAAACCGUGCCAUAUAGUGAAAUCCUGUCCUCCUGUCUGGUACCAACCACUGACCUGGAGAAUACUGCAGAUCAGACUGUAUUAGCUGAGCAGGAGACCAGCCUGUCAGCUCCACUGCUUAUGACUACAGUUGAGCUGGAGCUGACACCUUUACAAACGGAGCAACAGGGCCUUCCUUCUUGCCCUUUUGUUCCACCAGACAAGCUCUCACAAACUACAAGUGAAUCUGAAACUAAUCUCAAUGAAGAGGUUGAUUUGCAGAUUAAAACGGUAAGUCUAGAUCAGGGCCACCCUGUAAUGGAGGGAGAUGCACCACAAGAGCGAGAAGAAAAAGCUGAACAAGAACCAUCUGAGAAACUGCUGGUAGAUAGCAAGGAGAGUCAGGAGCAUGUGGCGAACCAGUCUGAAGUAGAGGAUCCACCUGCUAAAGAAGAUGUUCCAUCACACUUAGAUACCAAGCAGCUGCCACAGAUGUCAGAGUUACCAGUAAAUGUAAUGUCAGCUCAAGAACUGGUUAAAGUGCGUAAAAGAAAGCCGACCAGGGCGUUUAUCUUUCAAGGACAUCAUAUGCAAGAACUUGUCGGAUCCAUUAGCAAGGAUGAAUUACAAAUUGAUGCCAUGCCUGCCAAACGGCAAAGAACAAAAAAGUCUCGCCUUGUUGUUAAAUUUGGUCCACAAUGCAAAGAAAAGAAAAACAAGAAACAGAAGAAGUUAUCACAGCAGCAGCAGCCAAUGCAGGAAGGAGUAAGAGGGAAAAAAUCAACAACAAAUCUCUCAGUGAAAAAAUUAGCAUCACAGAAGAAAGAAAGAAAGGGGGAAAGGGACAAGAAAGUGGUACAUUUGCGAUCUACUUCUGAAAUAACAUUAACCCCGGACCCACAAGUGCAACAAAUCAAAGGGGGUAAAAUAAAAAAUAAAAUGAAAAAGCAAAAAGAAGUGGCCAGGGAGGGGGUUAAGCUCAUAAGUGAGCACAACACUGUAUUGAGCACAACCGGGCCUGUAUUGGAAAAACAAACAACAAGAAUGCAAAAAGAUCAGCCCAAGGAAUCAAAGUAUGGGAAGCGAAAGAAAAACCUGGCUAAACAGGAAAAAGUUAAUACAAAAACAAGCACAGAUUCAGCAGACAUCCCUGCACCACAGAUAACGCAAGAGACUCUACUUCUACUUAAAGGUCAUAAACAGCCUCAACUGAAAGUUUACAAGUUGGACCCUUCAAAGGCAUCAGGCCAGACACAGGAGGCUUCACCUCAUGAUGCCCAAACUGUGUCCCAAGAGAGUAGAGGCAACACACUCAAACAAUCACCAAGUGAGUCUCCAAAUAAUCUUAUAGCAGAAGGUAAGAAAAAAGGAGGAAGACCCAAAAAGAACCACAAAGUUCUUUCGUUGUUGUCCUCAUUACAGGUUUCCCAUCAAACACCUGAGAUGCUGCCCACCAAACCAAAGAUCGCCAGGAAACGUAAAGCCUCCCCAAAAGUGGAGACUGAAGGAGUAAUAACUUCUCAUUCCAAGCGUGCCUUGGAGUGUAAGGAGUGUGGGCAAAGAUUUAGCGAUGUCUCGUCCCUUCAGAAGCACAAGGCGGUUCAUAUCGUGGAGAGUCCCGGGCUCACUUACACCAAUGGCAACGUCUUUGAAGGCGUCUCUGGGUUGGAUAUUUACCAGCAUCCAAAACAGCACGAUAAGGUUGUUGGAGUGAUGAAUGCUGCUUCAGACUGGGACAUUGAGCCUGAGCUUGCAGAGAUGGCAUUAGAGGGGAGAGAGCAAAGUGUCUCCUUUCCCGCUUUGAUUCCAUCCCCAUCUUUACCGGUUCCUUCUUCAGAUGUUGACGUGAGUGCAUAUGAAAAUAAGCCUGAAGGUAAAAAGGAAGCAGAUUAUCAAUCUCAUACCUCCGCUGAAGUUCACUCGCCAUCUGAUCAAAGGAAAAACAGUGAGACUCCUCUGAAUUUCACAUCUGAACCCCCUUUAAGUACCUCUACUCAGACAAAGAGUUCGGAUACCGGAGAGCCUUCGGCGUCAGAUGCGGACAAGAAAGAAAAAGUUACUCCAAGGAAUCCCAGCUCACCAUCACAGGUUCAGUUUCCCACGGAUGAAGACAUUAAGGAGGAUUUACUUCUCGAGAUAGAUUUAGUCACUGUUGGGGAGCAGAAUGAGAGAGAUGAACCAACCCCUCAUGAAGAUAUUGCUCCCCAAAAUAAAUCAAGUGGAACUUGCCAUUCACUGGGUGAAAGCACUGACACACUUUCUGGGCAAGUUGGCAAUGAAACAACAACUGGAAACAUUUUAACUUUGCAUACUGUGUCAUGCUCCACUCAUCAUGUGGAGAUUAAAGAAGAGGAGGAAGAACUGUUAGUCCAGAAGAAAAAAGGAGGGAAAGGAGCUGUUUCAAUGAAUGCUCCAAGUGGUAGGAGAAGAGGAACAGGGCGUCUAAAACGAGAUGUGAUAUCUAAGAGAGUUUCAGUUGGAGAUACUAUCAGAGGAAAGGAAUCAGUGACGGAACAGGAUGAAUGUCAGGUAGUUUACGAAGAAUGUCUGAUCAGCUCCGAUUCAGAAAUGAAAGGCGAGGCUAGCACAAAGAUUUCACAGCCAGAGACCAGUGCUGAGGACAACCAAACUACUGCUCCAACUUCAUCUUUGCCUGUAGAGAAAGUUGUGUUUGAGCUGGAGUCCGUUCCCACUAGUGUUGAGAAGGUAAUGCAUCUCGGAGGACUGCAGGGAGGAGAGGAAAAUAACAAGUCUGACCAGUCUCCAGGCAUCAUACUUGAGAAGUUCCUUCCCUCUAGACAGAGAGCCACUGCUGACAAGGAGCCGUGCCUGAUGACGGAGAGGAACAAUCCGGGACAGGGUUUGGACAGCAUUGCUGAGAAUGAAGUCCAUGGGAGCCAGGUGAUCAAAGUUGAAGAGAGCGUCUCAGAUCCAUCACUGGUUGCACCCACCUGUCAAAACAGACAGAGUGCAAGUGUGCAGCCACAGCACCAUUGUGAUAUAAGGACUGUUUUGGUGAAGGAGGAGAGCCGCCUCGUGCUGCAUGAGGCCCAGGCCACGCAAGCUAGCAGACGCAUCCGAUGGAAUGUGGAGUCAGUCAACAUUGAAAACUCCUCCAGUCCAUUAACCGAGAGUGGAGAGACAACAAGGGACGAGGGCUGCAUCACCCCAGAGUUCAACGCCAACCAGUGUAUCUUCUACCCAGUGAAGGAAGAGGAGAGGGAGGUUCUACUUGGAGCUGUUCAGACCAGCAGUGGGAAUUUAACAACAGGAGAAUCCAGUGAUGCCCCACAGACUGAACAUCAUGAAACGGAUCAUUCAAAUAAAGGGAGCCAUUCUGUACCAGACUACCAGGAAAUUAGAGACAAAGGACUAUUAUCAGAACCAGAGGUCUGUGACUUAGCAGAUGAACAAGCUGUGGCAGACAGAGAGUGGCAGCAUCUACCAGACCUGCGGGACUUUCUCCUCCAAAGUUCUGAUGAAGAGGACGUGGGUGGUUUUGAAUUGUCUGAUCCUCAGAUUGACUCCGAAGCAGAAGUAAUGGCCUAUUUCUACAAGAACCAAACAAACUGCGCACAACAGCCAGAGGAGCUGUCACAAAGUUCGCCCACUUCAACGAGCCAGUUCCAAGCACCUAUAGAGGAAAACCGGACCAGAGAGCCUAUUGACUACUUCUCCAGUUAUUUUGGUUGGGAUACCUGGGUAGAAAUUGCCAAUUGCACAAAUAUACUGUCCAACAUGACCAAACAUGUCACAGCCAAAGAGGUUGCACAGUUUGUUGGCAUCCACAUAGCAAUGGGAACUUUAAAGUUUCCUAGUCCAAGGCUCUAUUGGGAGGACUUGACUAAGGUGCCCUUGAUCGCCGAGGCCGUGCCGCUUUCCCGUUUCCUCGAGCUGUCUCGCAUGUUGAAACUUGCCUCUCCUGCAAAAGAUCCAGUCAACAGUAAUCUUCUGGAAGGUAGACAUGAUAGUGACUUUCAAGAUGCACUGCAAUGUAAAACUCUCUCAAGUAGGCAAAGUAAAAUUUGUCAGCGUAGUGAUGGGCAGAGACAAAAGGACGCUCCAAAUGACCUGAACAGUUCAAAAACACAGACUGAUCCAUUGUGGAAGGCUCGGCCAUUAUUGUGCCGCUUCAAAGCAGGAUGCCAGUCGCUCAGAAGAGAGGGUGAUUAUGCAGUUGACCAAUAUCCACUUCCUUUGCCUGGGAAGAUGCACAAUAAGAAACUGUCUCUUUCCUGUACAACAUUAAUUGGAUUUGGCGGUUUGCUCUUACAUGUGGAUCUGAAGUUGGGUCUUUCCGGCAAAGAAGAUGCUGUCGAAAAAAUGGUCCCCAAAGGUAGUAUGGUGUUUCUUUGCAAACAGGAACUCUCUACCCCUGCUAUGCUGGAGCGUCUGUUAGUUGCAGGGGUUCAUGGGGCAGGAAGGGUUGGAGGAGCCAGAGGACAGAUUGGAGAUGAGUUUGUAAGCUCAGACGGGAAGCUGAUGUUGCGCAGAUCGCACUGUGGCUUCAUACUUUCUACAGCAGGAAAUGGCCAGAGGAACAUGGCUUCACUCAUUGACAACUUUGAGAAGGCCCAGAUGUCGGCUCAUCUCAACCGAGAUUUGCAGAAUCUUUACUCCAUCCCUCUGACUGCCUCAUCCCCAACCUGCUGGCCUCAAGCGGUGCUCUGGUACCUCACAGAUCUAGCUUUGGUCAACUCCUGGCUCCUAUACAGAGAGAAUCACAGGGCAGUGUCUGCACCUUUGACUUUGAUGUCCUUCAGAUUGGAGGUGUCUAAGGCGUUGAUCCUCUGUAGCAGCUCUGAUACCCAGGACUCAGUUCCCCCUCAACCCCCCAAAGAGAGGCCUCCUGCAACAAAGGAAACCCCCAAUCCCAGCCUGGUGGAGGAGAGUCCUUUACCAGAUGCAGCCACACGGUACGAUGGUUCAGGCCACUGGCCAGAGCAGCUUGGAGAGGGAGAAGGGGGCAGGUGUCGCUUUGGUGACUGUCAAAGAACAUCUCGCGUGCUAUGCCUUAAGUGCUGUGUCUUUCUUUGCAUCUCACGCAACCACAACUGCUUUUUAAAUUUCCACAAUCAAGGGAGUUUGGAAAAGGUGUAGUGUCCACUAGCGAAUGUACCCUUUAUUUUUUCAAAAUGUUUCUCUCUGAGUUAGAAUGUAACUGUGCUUUUGGUGUAUGAAAACCCUGCUUAUCAAAAAAUACGGUAUUAUGUGUCCUUGUAACUUUUCCAUGAUGCCUUUCACUGGCAGUGGCAUACUUGUGAAGAAUAAUUUGUACUGCAGUUUAAAAAGAAAAUGCUUUGCAAUGUGGUUUAUUAUUUCAUUGAGCAAGUGUAAAAUGAUCUUGACUUCUGAAGGAAAUGUAAAAAAAAUGCACAGCCAUACAAAUCAUAUUUUGUGCUGCAGAAGAAGCCCAAAAUAUGAUUUUGACAUUUCAAUUACCAUAAUUUUUUUGUACUAUUUAUUUUAACCUGACUGAAUUUAUAUUCCAUGAUGAGCUUGCUUUUAAAACUAUGAAUUUAAUUUAUUUGAAUUUCAGAAAACAAUA